AUGGAAUUCGUUAAAGUGAAAGGAGUAAUUGGAAAGGGUGCUGCCGAGGCAUCUGUCAAACAUCUACCACCCUCUGCCCUUGGUGAUGCUAGCAACUUUGGUGCAAUGGGUUUGUUAGCUAAAAGUAAGGGAGUACCAAUGGAGGCACUUUUUAAGCAGGUUCAGGACGGAAUUCCUUGGUUUAGUGUUGCUCCAAUGAUGGACUGGACGAACAAUCACUAUAGGACUUUAGAGCGUCUCAUAUCAAAGCAUGCUUGGUUGUAUACCAAGAUGCUUGCAGCUGAAACAAUUGUUCAUCAAAAGGAUAAUCUCGACAGAUUCUUGGCAUAUUCUCCGAAACAACAUCUCAUUGUGCUUCAAAUUGCAGGGAGCAGUGUAGAAAGUUUGGCAAAAUGA